AUGGAGAAAUUGAAAACAUUAUUGAUCGCAAAUCGCGGUGAAAUCGCGGUUCGAAUUGCCAAAACAGCCAAAGAGCUAGGUGUCCGCACAAUUGCAAUCUACACUUCUGCUGACGCGACAUCACAACACCUCCGAGCGGCCGAUGAGGCAGUCCUACUACCGGGUGACGACUCUACUGCAUACAUUAACGGAGAUGCAAUUAUAGAGAUUGCACGCUCUUAUAAUGUUGAUGCCAUUAUUCCGGGCUAUGGAUUCCUGUCCGAGAAUGUGGAAUUCGCCCAAGCUGUCGCCAAUGCGGGAAUGGUAUUUGUGGGGCCUCGCUCCGAAGCGAUUGAAUCAUUCGGAUUGAAGCAUCGAGCUCGGGACAUUGCUGUGGCAGCCGGAGUUCCAAUUGUACCUGGGACAAAGGGGCUACUCGUAACAGAACAAGAGGCGGUGGAUGCGGCAAAUAGACUGGGAUAUCCUGUAAUGCUGAAAGCCACCGGUGGCGGUGGUGGUAUGGGAUUAACGAUAUGCAAAUCAGUGGAAGAGGUCCGAGAGUCGUUGAUGCAAGUCCGGUCCAGAGGAGAAACCUUGUUCAAGAACGCCGGCGUAUUUAUGGAGCGUUACUACCCUGAAAGCCAUCAUAUUGAGGUCCAAGUAUUUGGCAAUGGUCUAGGAGAUGCCAUUCAUAUUGGAGAGCGCGAGUGCUCAAUUCAGCGUCGUCACCAAAAGGUUGUUGAGGAGUGCCCCAGCCCUUUCGUGGAAAGGCACCCAGGUCUUCGCGAGAAGCUCACCUCUGCGGCGGUUGCUUUGACCGCAUCCAUUCGAUACGGAUCUGCAGGCACGGUCGAAUACCUAGUUGAUGACGCAUCGGGUGAUUUUUUCUUCCUGGAAAUGAACACUCGUCUUCAAGUGGAGCACGGUAUUACCGAACUCUGUUAUGGACUUGAUAUUGUAAAGCUUAUGCUCCAACAAGCCGACCGAGAGCUAUGUGGUCUUGGAGGUCUGGAAAAAAGCUAUAUUGAAGCCUUACAACCCGACAAGCCAUCGGGUUGCGCAAUUGAAGUUCGUGUGUACGCAGAGAAUCCUGCACGAAACUAUGCCCCGUCUCCUGGAUUGCUUCAACAUGUUGAGUGGAAGGAGUUGAGCGGCACCCGAAUUGAUACGUGGGUUGCUACCGGAACCCGAAUUUCCACAUAUUACGAUCCUAUGAUUGCGAAGUUGAUGGUACAUGACACCAACCGAACAGCGGCUAUUGACAAGUUGGGCGAUGUCUUGUCGCACUCCACCCUCUGUGGACCACCCACGAAUUUGGAGUUUUUACAUGCAAUCGUUGAUUCCAGAGAAUUUCGCUCGGGUCAUACUCUGACUAACUUCCUGGCUGAUUUCAAGUUCACACCUGCUGCGAUUGAUGUCAUCUCACCCGGUGUGUAUACAACAGUACAGGACUAUCCAGGACGCCCAACAACUGGGCGCGGAAUUCCACAAGCAGGACCCAUGGACCCUUUGGCAUUUAAAGUUGCAAACAUUUUGGCCGGCAAUCCGGUCGGUACAGAAGGCCUAGAGAUUACAUUGAAAGGACCAGAGCUACGAUUUUUAGCACCUGCAGUGGUAUCUGUCUGCGGAGCUCCAAUGGAAAUGACAAUUAAUGGGACCAUCGGUGUGGCUAUGUGGACACGACUAUAUAUCAAAGCUGGCCAAAUCUUAUCAAUUGGAAAGCUUAAUGGAUCUGGAGGCUGUCGAGCAUAUCUCGCUGUUCAAGGAGGAUUCCCAGGAAUUGCCCCAUACUUUGGAUCAAAGUCAACCUCCCCGCUACUUAAUAUUGGCGGGUAUCAAGGAAGAGCACUGGCUCCGGGUGAUAUGUUGGCCAUUUCAAAGCUCGAUGCAGCCAAAGAAGAGUCCGAAGUCUCAUUGCCGAUUCAUUUGCGCCCGAACUACUCCUCUCAUUGGGACAUUGAUUCCAUGGUAGGGCCAUACGACGAGGGGUACAUUGUAUCCGAAGAUGUUGAAAUGAUAUACAACACAGUUUGGGAUGUUUCGCAUAAUGCCACUCGAGGCGGAAUUCGUCUUGUUGGACCUGCUCCUAGAUGGGCAAGAGAAGAUGGGGGCGACGGUGGGCAGCACCCGAGCAACGUGAUUGAAUACGGAUACCCGAACGGAACCUUGAACUGGACAGGAGACAGGCAAGUCGCCAUGGCGAAUAAAUUGAUUCCUUGCAUCUUCCCCGUGGAUGCCCCUGAUCUUGGCGGCUUUAUAUCCUCUACUACCAUUGUGAAUGCCAGCCUGUGGCGUAUGGGCCAGCUUAAAUCCGGCGACACUAUUCAAUACCGCAGAGUAUCAUUGAAGGACGCCCUUCAGGCUCGUGAGAAAUUGGAAAGGUUUUUGGAAAAUGUGUCCGGACUUGUAGCCGGACAAUGCGAUGUGGAUAGCAUAGAGGCAAUCUCCAAUUCCGAAUCGCCAGAAUCAACUGUUUCUGGCACAUGGGGGAAGGCCUUGAUCCACAGAACUGUGCUGGGUGAAUCUGGAAUUCCUAUGUCAUUCAGACAGGGUGGAGAUGACUUUUUAUUAGUCGAAUUUGGCGAUGGAAAAUUCAAUUUGAAUCAUCGGUGCCGAGUCACGGCAUUGAACCAAGCCUUCAAGAAUUCUCAAGAGUCUGAUGAAGCCGUGAGGCAAGCCGUGUACAAGACCACCGGAUGCUGCAACUGUGAGUAUCCCUUUUCAGCUCCACCAUAUUUGAAUUCAACUGACAGGCUGCCAAUCAAAGCGCUUCUAAUUCACUAUGAUGGUUUUAAACUCCCCCAGGAUAAGCUUGUCCGGCUUUUGGUGUCGCUGCAGCAAGCGGUCGGUGAUCUCAGUAGUACCCAUGUUCCAAGUCGAAAGUUUCGUCUUCCCAUCUGCUUCGAAAGCCCAGCCCAGCAGGAAGCGAUCCAACGAUAUAUGGAGACACAAAGACCACAUGCUCCAUUCCUUCCCAGCAAUAUGGACUUUGUGGCCAAUAUCAACGGCAUUACGCAUGAUGAAUUAGUGGAUAUCUUUCUCUCGGUUGAGUUCAUGGCUAUUUGUGUCGGGUUCUUCUGUGGCGAUACAAUCUGCCUCCCAAUUGAUCCCCGCUAUCGGUUGAAAUGCCCCAAGCAGAACCCCAGUCGUGUAUACACCCCGGAAGGAAGUGUCAGCUGGGGUGGAUCAUGCAUGAACAUCUAUCCCGUUGACUCUCCAGGUGGAUAUCAAAUGACAGGCCAAACCAUUCCCUGCUUCAACCAAUUGGGAGUCAAGCCCGACUUCUCGCCAACUCAGCCGGGCCUUUUCCGUGAUUUCGAUCAGAUCACCUUCUAUCGAGUAGAGAAGGACGAGCUGGAGAGUGAGAUGGCCCGUUUCCGGUCCGGGAAUUAUAAGUUCCAGUAUGAAGAUGUCGUAUUUGAUAUGAGCGCCCACAAUCGUCUCCUCGAUCAAACCAGACAAGAAACAGCGGCAUUCAAGUCUCGCCAAGCCAAGGCACAGGUGAAGAUGCUGGCCCUGGAAAAGGAAUCAAUGGACAAGUGGAUGGAGGAGAAAGCACAGAACAACGUUCCCGCUGAUGAAAUUGAACUUCUGAGAGAAGACCCUGACAUUUUAACAUUAUAUGCUCCGCUUGAUGCAAAUGUUUGGAAGGUCAACGUUGAAAAUGGUAAUGUCGUAGCCGCUACUCAAGCUGUCGCCAUCCUCGAGGCAAUGAAGAUGGAAGUCUCUGUCUCCUAUAAUGGGGAUAAGAAAGAUGGUGUUGAUCAGUCCUUCAGAAUUGAGAAGGUACUCGUCCAACCCGGUGAUACUGUAAAGGCCGGGGACUCGCUUGCAUUUUUGAGAAAUGUUGACUUAAGGUAUUGA